UGUGUAUGUGUCUGUGUGUACAUGCGUGUGUCCUCCUUGUUCCCAAAGUGGGAGUCAGCUGCACGGGGAAGUUCCACUGUAGCACAUCCACUUUGUGUUUUGCCAGAUCUGCGCAGUGUGAUGGAGUCAGCGACUGCGCAGAUGGGGAGGACGAACUGCAAUGUGUGCGUCUGAGUGGGAGGAGCUCUGUGCUGCAGAUCAACAGUAGGGGUGUAUGGAGGACUGUGUGCUCCACCAACUGGGAUCACACACUGGGUUAUUCUGCCUGCAAACAGCUGGGAUACUCCAGCUACAUCAGUUCCAGAUCCCUGCCUCUCUCCUCUGUCGAGUCGGCCUUCCAGGCUAACCUGGUAUCAGUCAACCUGAGUCAUCCAGAUCGCCAGCAGACUGUCAAGAUCCAUAACACCACCUUCCUCAGGUACACCUUCAUUCUCUGUUUUCCCAGUAAGACCCAGUGCAGCUCUGAGAGUGUGAUCGUACUCAAGUGCCUAGAUUGUGGCUCCAGGCCCAUGUUCAGGUCUCGUAUUGUGGGAGGGAACGUCUCCAAACCAGGCCAGUUUCCCUGGCAGGCCAGCCUGCACUAUCAGAACCAACACCUCUGUGGGGGCUCCAUCAUCACACCACGCUGGAUAGUGACAGCAGCACACUGUGUCUACGGGUUUGCAACAAACACCAUGCUGUGGGCGGUGCAUGUGGGAUUGACAGAUCAGCCAGUCAAUGGGGUGCUGUCUCGCUCUUUGGAGAAGAUUAUCUACCAUGCCAGCUACCAACCCAAGGGCUUAAACUAUGACAUCGCUCUAUUGAAGCUUACAGAGCCUCUUACCUUUAAUGGUCUGGUUGAGCCUAUCUGCCUGCCGAACUAUGGGGAGAGAUUUGAGGAGGGGAAGAUGUGCUGGAUCUCUGGGUGGGGUGCCACAGUGGAUGGAGGGGAGACCAGUGUGUCCAUGCACUCUGCCCAGGUCCCUGUGCUCUCCAGCAGGGACUGCAGUGGACCAGGAGUGUACCAGGGAGCCAUCUCCCCUUGGCUUGUCUGUGCAGGCUACCUAGAGGGCGGCAAAGACUCUUGCCAGGGGGAUAGCGGAGGCCCUCUGGCCUGUGAGGACUCGUCAGUGUGGAAGCUGGCGGGGGCCACUAGCUGGGGCUAUGGCUGUGCUGAGAGGGACAAUCCUGCCUUGUACACUCUCAUCUCCCACGCUCUGAGCUGGAUCCACCAGCAGAUGGAGAAAGAAGAGGCACUGAGUCCUUGA